AUGCUGAUCUUUUCCCUAAUAUUUGAAGUACUUAAAUUAAAUCAAGAUCUUCUGACUGAUAUCUGUCCCCGUUCUCAGCGAAUUAAAUCCAAAAUCUACUCAUUAUUUUCAGAUGAUAGUGCACGAGGUUACAAUGUUCAAGAUUUUACAUUUCCAGCAAACGCUAUAGAAAAUUGUACAUAUCCAAAAACAUUUCCGUUAACACUAGAAAAGGAUCUCCUUGAAGAACUCAAUGAUAUCAGAUAUCUCCAUGGAAUGGGUGCAUGGCCAGUUGAAUUGAGUGAUUUAGAACUUCAUAGAGAGAUGGUUACUGAAGGUAUUUGGUUUUGGCAUGAUAAUACAAACAGCCCUCUUGUUUCAGAUCAUAGAACACAGUCAGGCUCCAAAUGCAGUAAAGAAUUACCUCAUGGAGCAAUGGGAUUCGGUUUUUCAUCUCAAAGUGGUACAUCAGGUUAUCUAAAAGCUGGCUAUAUGCUUUGGAUAUUAAUUGAUGAAACAAUUGAAUGA